CGGGCGCGCGCGUGCGUGCGUGCGUGCAUGCGCGCGCGGCGUGUGAGCUCCGGUUGUGGAGACUGCGCCGUCGUCACGGCUCUGCCCCCAACAGCUGCCUCCUGAAGCGGGAUCUCUAGCGGACGCCCCGCACUCUCAGUCCCGGUGAGCGCAGAGCAGGACGCGGUCCGAGGCGCAGCUUGUUCCGAAGAUGUGAAGCGCAGCCGCGCCGCUGGAGCUGCGUCCGCCCGGGCCCGUUUUACGCCGCACGUUGCAGCUGCUCUUCUCGUCCGUCUCAUUUGUGCGUUUUCCUCUCGCUAUGCUCGCAGUUCCGUCCACAUCCGGGCCACAAUGCCGUGACUCCAUUAUUGUCUAAAAGUGGCGGAGCGGCUCAUCAACCUGGCUGUUUUUUUAAUUUUUACACGUUUUUAAUACGCGCCGUGAAGGCUGGGACCCAGAGGACAUGUCGAACCAAGGCGUUCGGCGGAAUGGCCCCGUGAAGCUGCGCCUAACAGUGCUCUGUGCCAAAAAUCUUGUGAAGAAAGACUUUUUCCGCCUCCCGGAUCCUUUUGCCAAGGUGGUUGUGGACGGCUCUGGACAAUGCCACUCUACAGACACUGUGAGGAACACACUUGACCCCAAGUGGAACCAACACUAUGACCUAUACAUCGGAAAGUCCGACUCCAUUACUAUCAGUGUGUGGAAUCACAAGAAGAUUCACAAGAAGCAAGGGGCCGGGUUCCUGGGCUGUGUCCGCCUUCUGUCCAACGCCAUUAACCGCCUUAAAGACACAGGCUACCAGAGACUAGACUUGAACAAGCUGAGUCCCAAUGACAGUGACACGGUCAGAGGCCAGAUAGUGGUGAGCCUGCAGUCUAGGGACCGGAUAGGCACAGGAGGCCCUGUAGUGGACUGCAGUCGUCUGUUUGACAAUGAUCUUCCAGAUGGCUGGGAGGAGAGGAGGACCGCGUCUGGCCGAAUCCAGUACUUGAACCACAUCACACGCACCACACAGUGGGAGAGGCCUACCAGGCCGGCAUCAGAGUACUCCAGCCCCGGUCGACCUCUCAGCUGCAUUGUGGAUGAGAAUACGCCCAUCAGCACCAACGGUGCCACGCCUACCACAGCUUUGCCGCCGAGCGAUGGAGACCAGCGUGCCCAGGAGAGACGGGUCCGUUCCCAGAGGCACCGGAACUACAUGAGCAGAACCCACCUGCACACACCCCCAGACCUGCCUGAGGGUUAUGAGCAAAGGACUACGCAGCAGGGCCAGGUGUACUUCCUCCACACUCAGACAGGUGUCAGUACGUGGCAUGACCCCAGAGUCCCCAGAGACCUGAGUAACGUGAACUGUGAGGAACUCGGUCCUCUACCUCCAGGAUGGGAGAUCAGGAACACAGCCACAGGGAGGGUAUACUUUGUGGACCAUAACAACCGAACCACACAGUUCACUGACCCCCGCCUCUCCGCCAAUCUGCAUCUAGUCCUAAACCCAAGUCCCAAUGGUUCCAGAGGAGGCAUCGAAAGUCAGAAUGUCAGUCGCCAGAACCAGUUGAAGGAUCAGGCCCAGCAGGCUCUGGUGUCCCCCGGUCAGAUCCCAGAGGAGGCUGAGUGCCUCACGGUCCCCAAGUACAAGCGAGACCUUGUUCAGAAGCUGAAGAUCCUGCGCCAGGAACUGUCCCAGCAGCAGCCUCAGGCCGGCCACUGCCGCAUUGAAGUGUCCCGCGAGGAGAUCUUUGAGGAGUCGUAUCGGCAGGUGAUGAAGAUGAGGCCAAAGGACCUGUGGAAGAGGCUCAUGGUGAAAUUUAGAGGAGAGGAGGGGCUCGACUAUGGAGGAGUGGCCAGAGAGUGGCUCUACCUGCUGUCGCACGAGAUGCUGAACCCCUACUACGGACUCUUCCAGUACUCUCGGGAUGACAUCUACACGUUGCAGAUCAACCCGGACUCUGCUGUCAAUCCUGAGCACUUGUCAUACUUUCACUUUGUGGGCCGUAUUAUGGGAAUGGCAGUAUUUCACGGCCACUACAUAGACGGAGGCUUCACCCUACCCUUCUACAAACAGCUUCUGGGGAAACCCAUCACCCUGGACGACAUGGAGUCCGUUGACCCAGACCUGCACAACAGCCUCGUCUGGAUCCUGGACAACGACAUCACAGGUGUGCUGGACCACACCUUCUGCGUAGAACACAACGCCUAUGGAGAGAUCAUCCAGCACGAGCUCAAGCCCAAUGGUAAGAGCAUCCCCGUCACCCAGGACACUAAGAAGGAGUAUGUGCGUCUCUACGUCAACUGGCGCUUCCUGCGAGGCAUUGAGGCCCAGUUCCUGGCUCUGCAGAAGGGCUUCAACGAGGUCAUCCCGCAGCACCUGCUCAAGGCUUUUGAUGAGAAGGAGCUAGAGCUGAUCGUGUGUGGCCUGGGUAAAAUCGACAUUAACGACUGGAAGUCCAACACUCGGCUCAAACACUGCACUCCUGACAGCAACAUCGUCAAGUGGUUCUGGAAGGCGGUGGAGUCCUUCGACGAGGAGCGUCGAGCUCGGCUGCUGCAGUUUGUCACCGGCUCUUCCAGAGUUCCCCUGCAGGGCUUCAAGGCCCUCCAAGGUGCUGCUGGUCCACGGCUCUUCACCAUCCACCAGAUUGAUGCCAACGCCAACAACCUGCCAAAAGCUCACACCUGUUUCAAUCGCAUCGACAUUCCUCCCUACGAGCACUAUGACAAACUGUACGACAAGUUGCUGACGGCCAUUGAGGAGACGUGUGGCUUUGCUGUAGAGUGAGUGGUGGACGCGUGAGGCAGAGCUCCAUGGCAACCAGCAGCACCACGGUUACGCCAGGAUGACCCUCGUCUUGUCCUCCUUCCCAUCCACUCAGACAGGGUUUACCUAUGGUUGCUUUAUCCAGUGACACCCACAUGUUCUGGGUGCACAUGAGAGCGGGUGUGCACAGUUUAGAAAAUGUCACUGACUGGCUUUGUUUUUUAGGCCAUCCAGCCCUUUUUGUCUCUUUUUAAAAUCAUGGAAAGGAUCUCUUCAGCUGCUAAUAACUCAGACUAUUUACUAACUUGUGGAACCUGCAAAAGUUGCUGGCUCUUCCCUUUUUUUCUAAGUUCAUUUUAGCAUUUAAAACAAGACUGUAUCCAUGUAGCAGUUCUCCAAUUUUACCCAGCAGAACACAAGGUCAGGCCACUCUGAGACAACGGUGUCACGUCCAGUUUGUUUGAGUGUACAGGGUUCUUAUCUGUAACCACGACCACUUGGAAACACUAGAUUUGGAUCCGGAGUGAGCACGAGCCAGGCUGCGUCGGUGCUUCAGAGUGACCGCGCUGAAGCCUGGAAACACGGGGAAUGAACGAGGCAGAGCCCGACUGUUUACAGCCUUCUCCAAAGACAGCACCAGAGACCUCUGCGCCUGCGUUCCCACACACCUUCACACGUUUGACGGCUAUUUUCGUUUGAAAUUGAAUAAAUGAAUGCAUAGCUUGAAAUGUGUUAUUUUUAUAUAACAGGGAAACUGAAAAGAAACAACAAAAGUCUAUAUAAUAUAUAUAAUUUAUUGCUGUUAUAUUUCAGAACCCCUUUUUUCAUUGUUUCAGUAACAUAGAAAGAUCUUUUAAUGUAAAGUCUUACUGUUUAAAUUAUAGGAGACAAUUAGUGAAAGCAGAAUGAAGUUCACUAAAGAAUGCUGUGGUGUUUUUCCUUGACAGCCUCUGUACGUGGACGAGGCGAGUCUUAAGAGCAAAAAAGUUAAAUCACAAUAUCCUGAGUGCCAUAAACAUUUUGAAUGAAUGAAUCUGUGCAAAUAUUGAACGUGCCCUUUAAAUUCUAUUGAUUUCAUCUUAGAGCUACGCUUGGAGGUGUCCCCCUCGGUUAUACGUUUAUCACUGUCAUUUGUAGCUGGGCUAUAUUACUAUUAUAAUUAUUAUUGUCUAUAGCAUGCAACUAUCAUUAUUGUCUAAUAGUAUUCUGUUACAAAGGCCAUAAUAAUCUGUUUUGUGUUGCCUUCAUGUUGUUGAAAGAAGAAACCUGCUACCUUGUAGCCAUGUGGUGCUAAACAGCAUUAACGUCGUCUUACAUUGGCAACUAGACUUGGACAUACUACUGCUCAACGUGCACAGUACACUACUCAUGCUCGUACCUGUUUGAAGCAUUUCCAAGAAUUCAGGAGCCCUGCAGGGCCACGUUCUCAGGAGAUGUAGCAUCCCUUACUACGACUCAAUCUGACCCUUUUCACCUUGAUUUCUGUGAAUGUUAUUUUAAAAGUGGAAGCGUUAAUGUGUUUGUCCCACAGCAGCCCAUUAACACACGUUGACGGCUGCAUGUCCCAUCCUGUGCUUCUGGUUGAAUGGGAUGAACGCUCAUCCUGCCACGCAGUCCUAGCAGUGGUGAUUUUAUUUAGAGAAGGGGAGGGGUUUGUUUUCUACCAUUAAAAAUUCAAUUCUUGAAUGUUUUUAAAAGAUGCUGCCUGUUUAGCAAUCUCUACGACCGCGGACUGUUCCUAACAUUUGCAUACACCCACCGGGAAAAAAAACGUUUGUUGAUUUAAUUCUGUGCUUAGACGAGUGUAUGCAAGUGAGAGUCCUCGGGUGGUGCUUUGUACAGUAAUAAAAUAUGGAUCAUACAUGUGGCUCAAGCAACCUGUAAUUUAUCUUCUAACUUAAGUAGAAAAACAGUUUGUAGAGCUGAAAGAAUGACCAGAAUGAGGAUGUUGUGUUUAAUGGCACCUUCUUGGCCACAUACUUCUCCUCCAGUGCACAAGCUGGUGGCCCGACUGUCUGCUCCCACACUACACCGCUCUGCGUCCCCGUAGCUGCCUCUCACAGGACAACUGGACAGAAGCCGCUUUUUUAUAGCAUGAUCCACUAGCAGGACUAUCUCUCAUAGCUGACUGAUGCAAUUUGAUGUAUGUUAACACUAUCAUUUUGUAAGAGUAUUUUAUUUUUGUGUGUAAUUAGGUCUAAUUAAACUUGCCUUUGUCUAACAAUGUAA